AUGGAAGAACCCGGUCCAUCGAAGCGGAAAAAAUCGAAGAAGCACAACGUUUGGUCUGCGCCUCAAGUUGAUCUGCUGCUAGAGGCGUGGGAAGAUAAGAUUUCGGACCUUCGCGGGACGCGGAAAAACACCCACGUAUAUGAAGAAAUCCGGAAAAUCUUCACCGAACAUGGCUACAGCGUCAGUGGUGAAGACAUAAAAAUCCGGAUCAACAACUUAACAGCACGAUACAGGAAGGAGAAAGCAUUGGUAGGACCAUCCGGUGGAUCCCCUUCCGAAUGGCCUUUGUUCGACAAAAUUAAUAGUAUCCUUGGGAGUUUCCGGAUCCACAAUGCGCAAUCUGUGAUGGAGGACAGUAUCGUUGAAGUGGUUGAUUGUAAGUAA